GGUCAAUAACAAAACUGGAAACGCCACCGCUGCAGCUGCUGGGCUAGAAUAAACGUUGAAAAUCAUGCCUUUUUUGGGCCAGGACUGGCGGUCUCCUGGGUGGAGGUGGAUUAAAACAGAAGAUGGUUGGAAGAGAUGUGAGCCUUGCAGUUCAGAACUUGAGGAUGAGAACAAUAAGCUUAAUAACAUCAGUCAUACUAUCAUCUUGAAUGACGGUGAAGAUAUAUAUAGUGCUGAAGACUGUGAAUUUGCAAGCAAGAAAAGGAAAAAGGACCAUUUUAGGAAUAAUGCAAAAUCUCAGUGCUUCUAUCGUGAAAAAUGGAUUUAUGUUCAUAAAGAGAGUACCAAAGAAAGGCAUGGCUACUGCACAUUGGGAGAAGCUUUUAAUCGCUUAGAUUUUUCAAGUGCAAUUCAGGAUAUUAGAAGAUUCAACUAUGUGGUUAAACUUUUACAGUUAAUUGCAAAAUCCCAGUUGACUUCAUUAAGUGGUGCAGCUCAGAAGAACUAUUUCAGCAUCUUGGAUAAAAUUGUCCGAAAGGUAUUGGAAGACCAGUACAACCCACGUCUAAUCAAGGACCUUCUUCAGGAUUUGAGUUCUACACUCUGCAACUUAAUAAGGAGUGUUGGGAAGUCAGUAUUGGUAGGGAACAUUGAUAUUUGGAUUUGUAGACUGGAAACUAUCCUUUUGUGGCAACAGCAGCUCAGUAAUCUUCAGAUGACCAAGCAAGUCAACAAUGGACUUACACUCAGUGAUCUUCCUUUGCAUAUGCUGAAUAACAUCUUAUAUAGAUUCUCAGAUGGUUGGGACAUUAUUACCUUAGGCCAAGUGACUCCCACAUUGUAUAUGCUCAGUGAAGACCGGCAGUUAUGGAAAAAGCUUUGCCAGUACCAUUUUACUGAAAAGCAGUUCUGUAGGCAUCUUAUUCUGUCAGAAAAAGGUCUUAUUGAUUGGAAGCUGAUGUACUUUGCACUUCAGAAGUAUUACCCCAUAAAGGAGCAAUACGGCGAUACUUUGCAUUUCUGUCGUCACUGCAGUAUUCUCUUCUGGAAGGACUACCACCUUGCUUUGUUGCUGAAGGAUACAGGACAUCCUUGCACGGCCAAUGAUCCAGACAGUUGCUUCAUGCCAGUGUCUCCGCAGCACUUCAUAGAUCUCUUCAAAUUUUAAGUGCAAUCACAUAUUUCUCUCCUUUCUUGCAUUUACUUUUUCUGUCUUCUUGGGGGGGGGCAUAGUUGUGCAGUAUAAGUAUAAUGCUUUUUGUGCAAUAUUUCUCUGAAUGUGCUUUGUAGUUUAGAAGGGAUGUAACAGAGUAAGGAGAGAAUAUGGACGGGACAGAUCUUCUCUUUAUAGAAGGACACUAAACCUCCCAGGGAAGAUGAACCAUGGAAUAAGAUCCACAAAAGGCUACUUGAAUUCACUGCAAAUUUAGUCAGAUUUUGGAACUUCAUCAGUGAAUUUGACAUUUCAGUAAGACUACAUUGACUUCUGGGUUGGGAAAUGCAGGUAGUUUCAAGAGGUGACCAAAAACAAUUUGCUUCCUUUCCGCAUCACAUUCCAGAUGUCCACAGUCUGCAUGGCCUAUUAAUCUUUCAGCGGACGCUCUCCAGGGCUUUUUUGUACCUAUUGUGUCACCUGUGAGUGUUGCAUGUCAGGGAAAAUCUGGUUGCGCAUCCCUGUGUGAAGCCCUUUGUGAAAGGAGUUAGCCCUGUUAUGUAAAUACAUUAUGCAGAAUAUUUAUUUUUCUUAAAAAUAUUUUAUUAAUGAUGUCAGACCUAUCUGUGUGGGUUGCUGAUCGCUGGAUUGUGAUGGAGUUUUUCCAGUGGUGGUCCCAUUCAUUUUCCUUUAAUCUUCUAGUUUUCCUACUGUUAGUCUUACUGCUGUCAGGAUUUGGGGUGGGGGUGGGGCUAACUUUAACAAAGAAGUAAAGUGGCAUGUUAGUAGGCUGUUCUGAUGUGGUACUAAUUAAGGUUCUGUUGCAAAAACGUCUGGCCAGCCUGCUGGUACGAAGCUUCUCCUACAAGCUGUCAGUAUGGCAAGAAUUCUCUUGGCUGCUGCUCUUGUGUCCUGCAGGUAUCAGAAAGAGUGGACGACAAAGUCAAUGUAUGGAAACAUUGAAGUGGUUUUACAAUGUCUUCUGGAAGUCUUAAUCAUUUCAACCUAAUGUAGUGUAACAAUGAAUACAGGCCUUACGUUAUAUGCCACACUGUAUUUUGAUUCUAGUUUUGU